AUGACCAACUGGACUCUCGGCGAGAGAUUUCAUCAACGCUAUCCUCACCUGAGCGGGGUGAAGGCUCUGUGGGAGACGAAGUGGAAGCUUCCCUGCAGCUUGGGUGUCUACCCCUUCCAUGACGGCAAACUCGAAGACUUUGCGCCCAUUUUUGAGAAACUGAUUGAGGAUGAUGUUAAUGAUGCUUACUCGGACUCGUACACCGAGUACUUUCUGCCCACGGCCGAGAGACUCACCGAUGCCGCCAUGUCGGCUCAGGCGUCGGACCGUGCCAAAGCCGCGGAGCUCUUCAAGCGGGCGGCGUGCGUCUACCGCAUCUCCAGGUUCCCCUCGGUCGACGCCGGGACAGGGUUGAAGAGGAAGAUGUUCGAGAACCAGAAGCAGGUCUACUUGCGGGGAGCAAGUCUUUGGGCAGACCCGAUCAAAGAGAUAGUGAUCCCUCACCUUGCCGCCCAAGGUGAAGACGGGACAGAUAUACCGUUGUACGUCAGACUACCUUCAGGAGCAAGCAGCACCAACAAAUGUCCUGUCGUGUUGCUGAUCACGGGGCUUGACGGCCAUCGACCAGACAACACCGGACGAACUGACGAGUUCCUCGCUCGUGGGUGGGGCUGCGUGAUCACCGAGAUCCCCGGGACUGCAGAUUGUCCUGCUGCGCGGCGCGAUCCCCAGUCUCCAGAUCGGUUGUUUAGUUCCAUCCUGGACUGGAUGGAUCAGCAGCAUUACCUCAACAUGCAGAAAUGCAUCGCGUGGGGACUAUCGGCUGGCGGGUACUACGCCAUCCGGGUCGCGCAUACGCACCACUCACGACUGGCGGGAAGCAUCGGACAGGGAGCUGGUAGCCACUUGUUUCUGUCGCGAGAAUGGCUCGAGCACGUGGACGACCAUGAAUACCCGUUUGUUCUCAGCGAGGCCUAUGUGGCGAAAUACGGCUACCAGGACUGGGAGGAGCUUCUCGAGAAGGCGCAGAAAGACUUCAGUCUGGUCGAGAGUGGGUUACUGAACAGGCCUUGCUGCCGAUUGCUUCUUGUCAACGGCACCUGGGACGGCCUCAUGCCGAUUGAAGACAGCGUGUUGUUGAUGAACUAUGGACGACCCAAAGAAGGCCGCUUCUACGACCGGCUGUUCCAUAUGGGAUAUCCUCCUGCGAAUGAGAGCAUCUAUCCUUGGAUGGAGUCGGUGAUGGCUACGGCGGGAUGA